CCGGGCGGGGAUGCGCAGCCCGCGGCGCCAGGAUGCGGGAGGGGAGCGCGGGCGGCCGCGGCGCGGAGAACCGGACGGGCGCCGAGCCCCCGCUGCACCUGUUCCCCGUGCCCGUGCUCACCGGCAUCACGGUCGCCUGCGUCCUGCUCUUCGUCAUCGGGAUCAUCGGCAACCUCAUGACCAUGCUGGUGGUGUCGCGGUUUCGGGACAUGAGGACCACCACCAACUUCUACCUGUCCAGCAUGGCCUUCUCCGACCUGCUCAUCUUCCUCUGCAUGCCCCUGGACCUCUUCCGCCUCUGGCAGUACCGGCCCUGGAACUUCGGGAACCUCCUCUGCAAGCUCUUCCAGUUCAUCAGCGAGAGCUGCACCUACUCCACCAUCCUCAACAUCACGGCGCUCAGCGUGGAGCGGUACGUCGCCAUCUGCUUCCCCCUGCGAGCUAAAGUCAUCAUCACCAAGGGGAAGGUCAAGCUGGUCAUCCUCUUCCUCUGGGCCAUCUCCUUCAUCAGCGCCGGCCCCAUCUUCAUCCUGGUGGGAGUUGAGCACGAGAACGGCACGAACCCCCUGAGCACCAACGAGUGCCGAGCCACAGAGUACGCCAUCCGCUCGGGGCUGCUCACCAUCAUGGUCUGGACCUCCAGCAUCUUCUUCUUCCUGCCCGUGUUCUGCCUGACCGUGCUGUACAGCCUCAUCGGGAGGAAGCUCUGGAGGAGGAAGAGAAAGAACAUCGGUCCAAACACUGCCAUCAGGGAUAAGAACAACAAGCAAACUGUGAAAAUGUUAGUCGUGGUGGUAUUUGCGUUCAUACUCUGCUGGUUGCCUUUUCACGUAGGACGGUACUUAUUUUCCAAAUCCUUCGAAGCCGGAUCCCUGGAGAUAGCAGUGAUCAGCCAGUACUGCAACCUGGUGUCCUUUGUCCUCUUCUACCUUAGCGCAGCCAUCAACCCCAUCCUCUACAACAUCAUGUCCAGGAAGUACCGCGUGGCCGCCUGCCGCCUGUUCGGACUCCGCGCCCUGCCCAAGCAGAGCCUCUCCAGCAGCAAGCAGGGCAGCUCCCGCGGCUGGACAGAGCCCAGCGUCCUCACAUGACACCAGGCACCCCAGCACCACCCGCCGAGCCCCCCAGGAAGCCAUAACGGGAGGGGAAGAGGGCAAGGAACGGGAAUCCCAAGGCUGAGAGCGCCACUGCGGUCAUCACCCCGACGGGCUGAGAGGCGCGGUGCAGGCAGUUAAAGGUCUGAGGGAAAAAACCUGAAGUUUGGGACUCUGAGAGGAGAGAGGCGGUCACAGAAUUUGGCAAUGGUCCAGGUGUUAUUUUUGUGCUGCUUCUGCCCGUUUGAUUUUUUAACGCUGACUUUAGCCCAGACCUAGGCUGUGCCGUCCUGGCCAGGCAAACGUGGCCCAAUUCACUCCAGAGUUUGUACGACUUCAGCAGCGCCAAUUCGAGCUGAAUUUUUCCAGAGUUAGCUUUAGUUUUGUUAAGAAUUUUGCUAGCAUCUAAUCAGACCCUAGAGAGAGAAUACUGAAUUGCCUUUUUGGAGUAGUGAACAGGAAAUUUGAUACACUUUUCAUAAUACCAAUUUUUAAGUAAGAUCAUGUUUUUCUCUGAAUGAGGAAAAUUAUUUCUUAAAAAAAAAAAAAGAGAUAUAAAAUGAAUAAUUUUUAAACAUGCUAAAAAUAAAUAACUUUCAUGUCACAUCCAAGAAGAAAGGAAAUAAAAAAAAAUGCUUUCACAGAAGUGGCUUAGAACGUGACUGUACUGAAAUAUUUUUUAAAAAUAUAUAUCAGUGGGACAAGGACAGUGCUGACUUCAGGCCUACAGUGAUGCUAUAAAAAUGUGGAAUGCAAUCACCCA